CGCCUUAUUCAACUGAUUUUCAAAACCGCACAGUAUGACCUUCGACGUUGAUUUCGAUAUAGAAAAAAGUCGCGUCGACUAUCGUAAAUAUAGGUACAUUCAGUUAGAUAAUGGAUUGAGGGCAAUACUGGUGUGCAACCUAAAGCCCGGUGAAGAAGUGCCUGAGGACACACUGUCGAGUUCCGACCUUGAAAGUAAUGACUCUGAAAGCGUGGAUGACGAAGUAGUAGAUGAUGAAGAUGAAGAUUCUGUAUGUGAUCAGGAGGCAAAAUCGGCUGCUGCACUGUGCAUCAGAGUGGGAAGUUUUUCGGAUCCUCCAGAAGCUCAGGGGCUGUCUCACUUUUUGGAACACAUGGUAUUCAUGGGAAGUGAAAAGUAUCCAACAGAAAAUGAUUUUGAUUCGUAUCUAAGUCAACGUGGUGGAAGUAAUAAUGCUUGGACAGGAAGUGAACUUACCCUGUUCCACUUUGAUGUGAAACGUAAACACUUUGCUAGUUGUUUAGACAAAUUUGCCAACUUCUUCAUUUCACCACUGUUGAGUAAAGAUAGUAGUGAUCGUGAGAUAAAUGCUGUUCAUAGUGAAUUCGAACUUGCACUUGCUAAAGAUUCCUCACGUCUAUGUCAUCUGAUCAGUCAUUUAUCCUGUAAAGAUUCUCCAUAUCGAAUCUUUGGCUAUGGCAAUCGAAAAUCUCUGCAUGAUAUUCCAAAUCAGAACGGCACUGAUAUCUACACACUUUUAAGUAAGCAUAGAAAAACGGCGUAUUCUGCUGAUCGUAUGACAUUGGCUGUACAAUCUAAGCACACUCUAGAUGAUUUGGAAACGUUAGUGCGUAAACUUUUCUCCGAUAUACCAGUAAGCGGAGUACCUGCACCGAACUUUUUAUCGGCCAAAAGCUUUGAUGAUUCAUUUGCUGGACUUUAUAAAGUUUGUCCUUUAAGUGCAAAAGAAAAGCUACGCAUUAUCUGGAUUUUACCUUCACAACUUGAGAAUUAUGAAUCAACUCCAAUGGGUGUUCUAGCUUCUCUUAUUGGUCAUGAAGGUGAAGGAAGUAUACUGGCAUUACUUAAAGAAGAGAAUUUAGCUGUUCAUCUCGGCGCUGGAGUUAGUUCAACAUCAGAUUUUGAUAAUUCUAGUCUAUGUGCCAUUUAUUUGGUGAGUAUUGAACUAACAGAUUACGGUCGAGAUCAUAUUUAUCGGGUUUGUGGUAUACUAUUUGAUUAUAUCAAACUUCUAUUACAUUCUGCUACCUCAUCAUUAUCAUCACCAUCAUCGGGCAGUAAUAUUAAUUCGUCUGGCGUCAACAACAACAUGCCAGAUGUGCAUACUUUUGCCACCUAUCUUCCAGAAUAUCAGUUAACUACAGAAGCAAGCUUUUUAUAUACAGAGCCUAGUAAUGCUGAGGAUACUGUUGUUAGUCUGGCGAAUAAAUUACAUCUUGUUAAACCAGAACAUGUUUACUCUGGUUAUCGAUUGCUUAAAAAGCCAAAUAUGCAAUUGUAUAUUGACCUACUCAAACUGAUGACACCUGAGAGAGCUGCUAUCUUCUUUUUAUCGUCUUCAUUUGCAUCAUCAGUUGGUGAUGAGUCGAAACUAGAUCAUGAACCAUGGUGCAAUGUAGCCUAUCGAAAAGAAACUAUUCCUAACGAUGUAAUGAAUAAUUGGAAGACUUCAAAGCCUAAUGAAAAAUUACAUCUCCCAUACAAAAAUAAGUUUCUCACUACAGAUUUCAGUCUUUUGGAUUCGGCAAAUGAUAUGAAACAACCGAAAGAUUUAAACUUAGAACCAGGCGCAGAAUCUCGUUUACAAUAUGGUCAUUUAUGGUUUCAACAAAGUACACGUUUCAAAUGUCCUAAAGCCGAUGUAGCAGUUCAUCUAUGGUCUGGUCUUGUAACAAAGACAAAAGAAAACGCAUCACUGCAUGCACUAAUGGUCUUCGGUUUAAAUCAGUCUCUAAGCACGAUAACUUAUGAAGCUAGUGAAGCAGGAUUAGAACAAGAUGUUAGAUUCCGUGACACUGGUUUAUGUAUUCAUGUCAGUGGUUUCAACGAGAAACUAUUUUCUUUCUAUUCAACUGUUCUGGAUCAUAUUAUGGAUCAAACAAAUGAUUUAUCUAAGGAAUUUUUUGAAUCAUAUCGUGAUGCUGCUCUUAAGUUAUACUAUAAUGAGGGACUUAAACCAAGUGCACUUAACACACAUCUUCAAAUUUAUCUUCUUCGUCGUGAAGUCUACCUGCUACCAGAUAUAUUGAAUGCACUGAAAGAUCUGUCUGUAGCUGAUUUAGCAGCCUACAAACAACAGUUCUUCUCAAAUCUGCAUAUAACUGUAUAUGCUUAUGGUAAUAUUAGAAAAGAGGAUGCUAUAAAUUUCUUUGAUUACACCGUAAAGAAAAUUAAUCCUGUGCCUAUUGCAAAACGAAAAUUGACUGAUCCUGCUAUUCUCGAUCCAGGAACCUAUCACUUACGUUUAAUGAAUUGUAAUCCAAGCGAUGUAAACAUGUGUCUAGCUCGAGUUCAUAUACUCGGAGAAUCGGAUAUUAAACGUCAAUGUUAUAAUAAAUUAUUAGCAUUUAUCCUAUCUGAACCAGCCUUCGACUACCUACGUACAAAAGAAUCCCUAGGAUACACUGUAUACCUUCGAUAUUGGCUAUCCAUGCCUGGUGGUAAUUGUCAUUCAGGUAUAAGUUUGGUUGCAUGUAGUCCUGCGAAUAAAUUUUCAGUGAAUUUUGUUGCUGGCCGAUUAACUGCCUUCUGGCGUCGAAUUGCUCCUAGGAUUAUUGCUGCUAUGCCACCGGAAAAUUUUAAAACUUCGGUGGAAUCACUUAUAUCAAUCCAUCAACUAGAAGAUCCUAAUAUGGCUACAGAAUUCGAAAGGAAUUGGGAUGAAAUUAUGCAGACUACAGCGAAUUUUAAUUACAGAGAAGAAUGUGUUAAAAUUCUGUCAACAAUUACUCAAGAAAGUUUAUUAAGUUUCUUUUUAACAGAGUAUUUGGAUACGAAAAAGCAACGUUCAUUAUUUAUUCAGAUUGAUUCAACUGCUACACCAGAUAUGAAUGGUAUUAAUAAUGGAUCAUCAAAUUCGUAUCUAUUAAAUUUCGAUGUUAUACAAACUGAUGAUAAGUCAAUUGCGGAGGAGUACCAGAGUUAUUCAAGUGUUGAUGUAACCAGUGCACUGACCACCUGUGGUUAUGACGAGAAGUUAGUUAAUCAAUUCUUCAAUAAUCAUAAAAACAAUAAUAAUAAUAAUCCCUUGGAUAAAAAUCUACUCGACAAAGAUGAACCUAUCGUUUAUAUUAAUAACUUGCUUAAAUUUCAUUCAAAUCUAAAAUAUCAAACUGGUCGAAAUGCAUAAAAACCAGAGAAUGAAUAAUAUUUCAUCGGGGUGAUGAGACAGUGUAACCCGUACUAUUAUUGCUCUUUGUCUGUUUGCUCUGCUUGCUUGAUUGCUUGUCUGUCUGUCGGCCGCCCGGCCUGCCUGCCUGCUUUCUUUUGUAUUCUGAUGAAUUCUUUUGAAUAUUUUGAAAUUUUUAUAUACAUAUAUAUACAUAUCAUCGAGCUGAUGAUGAUGGUGAUGGCGUUGAUGAUGACGAUCGCGAUCAUGUGUGUUCUUGUACGUGAAAAUUACACUGUCCUUUAUUAACAAAACGAUGGUUUUUUUAUGUUGAAGAAGUUCAUUUCAGGAUGUCUGUGUGUGUGUGUGUAUGGGUGGGUGGGUGGAUGGGGAAUUGAUUGACACAAUAGACGACCGAGAUUGUUUCAACUAUCCCUUUUUUUCUUUUUACGUACGCAGAACUUCUCUUUUUCUAUAGCUUGUUGUGUACUGCUUUCUGUCUGUACAUAUAUGUAUGUAUGCGUAGGAAGAUAAUAUGAAAAGAUAUGAACUCGAAUGGAUGCAUUCUCUGAUAGAUUGUUCUGAUUUCUUACAUAAUAUAAGUAUGUAAUGUACUA